GCAUCCUACAAAAACAUGAGCUGGCUGAGAGUAUAGGGGGAAUGAAGGUGUGCUUUUUCGCGAACUAUAUGAGGAAAUUGACUGGUCUGCUCACCUGUGUGGGAUAAUAUUUUACACACGGAGAGAUCUACCCUUGAAAGCUGAACGUACUGAAAUGGAUGUACGCACAGGAAAACAGGAGGCGAUGGAUGCUGCUGCCUUCACCGCUGAGAAUGAAGCUGAGAGCAAGCAGGUGCAGGAGGAAAAGUCCGCUGCAUCCGGGCAGAAUUACCUGGACUCUUGCCCCGUUUGCACUUUAAACUUUCACAGCCGAGAGCCCAAACUUCUUCCGUGUCUGCACUCUUUUUGUAAGAAAUGUCUCCCAUCGCCCUCGAGGAAUUUGGCCAUGGCAGAGACGCCAAACUCCCAGGUGGACAGCGCGACCAAACCACUGAAUGUGAUCCGCUGUCCGGUGUGCAGACAGGAGUGUAUGGAGGUAGAUGUGAUGGACAACGUGUUUGUGAGGGACUCAGUUGAGACUCCCAGCAGCACAGUGGAGAGGACAGUCCAGCUGUGUAUGACAUGUGAUGACAACACUGAGGCGGCUGGGUUUUGUGCGGACUGCGUUGAAUACCUCUGUGCCACCUGUGUGGAGGCCCACCAAAGGGUCAAAUUCACCAAAGACCACACCAUCAGACAGAAAGCAGAAGUAUCGCAAG